AUGCUCGACUCCGGCUCCGACCUCUCCGCCUCCCGCUGGGCGCCCCGCGCCCACGCACGUACCUCCUCGCCAUACUACUCCCAGAUCUCCACCUCACCUUGCCGCGCCCACGCCCACCCACGAGCCACUUCCACCACCUCUAGGUCCCCGACACGACCGCACCAUCCGAUCACAUCCACGACCUCAACACCUACGCCACAUGCCCGGAAACCGCACACCGCGCCGUCACCCACCCAGCAACGCCAGCACUCGCUCGCCCUCUUCGCCCGCCUCAGCACGCGCCUCAAGUGGCGCGCCUCGCUUCUCCUGACCGCACACACCUUUGCGCUUUCGCCUGCUGCACACGGCAUCGGCCUUGACGCCACCGAGGCCGACGCCCAGUUCCGCAUUGAUUUCUUCGAGUUCUACGUCCUGCUGGAGCGCUGCUUGCUGCUGCUUUUGGGCGCUGUGGGCGUCAAGGUGAGUCGCGGGUACGAUCCACAGCGCGACGACGAUAGUGGUGGUCCGCACGGUCAUCGGGAUCGAGAUCGGGGCGGCGGCGCGCGUAGAGUGGUGGUGGAUGGCCAUCAGAGUGGUGGCUACGGCACCAGUCGGCAGCGCGGCUUGAUCGGCGACAGCAAAGUGGUCAUGGGCGGUGCUGGCCACUCGUUCCACCAGAAUCUGCUCGACGCGCUGUCCUGCGCCGACGGCAACCCGCUCUUUGACAUACUCGGAACGGGUAGGGUGAGGGAGUACAUCGGCCUCGCGAAGGAUCUGCGGAACGGAUGGAAGGAGACUGCAUCUGAAGUUCCGCUGGUUGCUGGAGAUACAGAAGAGAAUGGGGGCGUGGAGGCGGAAAAGGCGCGUCUGGACAUGCGCCUGAAGAGGCGGUAUGCGGAUCUGCUUAGCGAGCUGAGGCUGGAUGAGAUGCUGCGGGUGGUGUUAGGCGCGGUCGAGCACGCGGGCAGUGUAGCGGCGGUGGAGGUGGAUAGAGCUGUGGCGGAGGAGAGUCAGCGGAUCGCGACGGGCGAUGCUGAUGCUCAGGGGAGAAGGCUAAGUGUCGACAUGACGGACGUGAUGGCAGACGAGAUGAUCGGGGAACGGCCGUGGGAGAGCAUGGGUCCCGGUACUUGGGAAGUGGACGAGAUGGAAUUUUGA